CUUGUCCCAAAGAGGAAAGACAUAAAGGUUUGGUGUUAACACAGAAGUGGUGUGGACUGGACGAGACCACAAUCAGCUGUGAAAACAGCCUAGACCCAGCCCUACACAAACGAAAUCUUUCUUACAAAAAAUUACUUGCUCGUCCUCUUUCUUCAGCUAGUGAGAAGAUGGACAAUAGUUCGCGGACUGUUGUUGUAACAGGGUUUGGGCCAUUUGGAGAGCACUCAAUCAAUGCCAGUUGGGUUGCAGUGCAGGAACUGAAGAAGCUGGGCUUGGGCAAUGACAUACUGCAUGUAUGUGAAGUACCUGUGGAGUAUCAGACCGUUCAGAGUUUGAUACCUUCACUAUGGAAAAAGUAUCAUCCACAAUUAGUUGUUCAUGUCGGAGUGUCCGCAAUGGCAACGACAGUUACGCUGGAGAAAAGCGGUCGUAACCAUGGCUACAAAGGCUUGGACAACAGCAGCUUCUGUCCAGAUUCACAGUGUUGUGUUGUGGGAGGUCCUGAUUGCAUUGACUCUGUUAUUGAUAUGGAAUCUGUCUGCAAGAGAGUGGCAGCCACAGGCUUAGGGGUGGCCGUGUCUGUCUCCAAAGAUGCUGGAAGAUACCUUUGUGACUUCACCUACUACACUUCUUUAUACCUGAGCCGUGGACGAUCUGCGUUCAUCCAUGUCCCCCCUAUAGGGAAUCCCUACAGUGGGGAAGUCCUGGGCCGGGCCCUGCAAGCUAUUGUUCAAGAAAUGCUGGACCUGCUGGACCAAGCUGAGGGGAAGAUCCACUGCCAGCAUGUACAUAAAGUGACCCACUGAAGCCCGCCAAGCCUCUACCCCACUAACAUACAAGACUAAUUGCACUUACCCACAAGAAGCCAAACUAUGUUUUUCUUUAUUGUAUCCUUGUCAGUAAUUUCCACAAGUGUUUAACUCUGUACUUUUGUUUUGUUCAGUGUUUUUCACACAGCGGCUAAUGAUUGGGAAGGGUCAAGCGAAUUGGGUUGAGUGUAGUUAAGUGCUCAGUUUUGACUUACAUCCCAUCUUAUCUAGAUUUGAGAAAUUGUUCUGAAACACUGCCCUUUUACCUUUGUGUACUAGCAUGUUUCACUUGAAUUACAGGAAACCCAAUAUACAUGCGGUUUCUUUAGUUAUUUGACCACUGUUAAUGCUCAGCUUCUUCUUCAAUCACAUUUAUCCAUUAACUCUCAUGCAUAUACAAACUUACUGAUGUAGUCUCUAAUGUAACUUUUAUUGUAAUCUAGUUUUAGGAUUACUGCAAUACCUAUGUUCUUAUACUCUAUUCUCUUAUAGAGGUAACAUUUGAAAAUGAAUUUGGCCCCCAGGUUGUUUGAUAACUGUCAAAUGAGAUGGGCAGUACUUGGUUAUUCAUUUAUCAAUUCACUUUGUCUUGAUUCUAACUAUCAUGGCUCAUUGAAUCCCAUGUAUUUCAGAUGUUUUGUCACACAUUUCAUUGAACAUAUUGAACUUGUGAGCCACAUUCAAGUAGCACAAGAAGUAGCACAGUAAGAAUCACAGAGAUGAUUUGUUUAGGUUUUACUGUAUAUUGAAGUGAUGAAAUGGUGCUGUCUUGAGGCUUUGAGGCCUAGAUGUUUUAUAAAAUAUUUUAUCUUUGAGCUGCAAAUUGCAUAUACCAUUGGCAUAGUUUCUUCUCAACAUUGUUAGAGUUGCUGUUCUUAUAUUCUUUUUUUUAAGUACUUUGCAAAAUCUUGCAGUUUUAUAUUGGUGACUUGCUUCUGAGUCGUUUUUCUUUAUAAGAAGUUGUCUUCCUUUAAUAAGGUUAUUUAUAUCAGGGAACGGGUUGGUUCUUAGUCAUAUUGUCAAAUGCUUUUUCCCAAUUCUGACUAGAUGUAACACACCCAGACAUCUGCACCUAUGAGAUUAUAUUUGAAAAUAUAUACUGUAUUAUGGUUUAUAAAUAAAUAGCUUUGAUUUGCCCACUUUACCGAAUCAGUCCAUUGCAGUUACCAAUUCUAAACACUUAAUUUUAUCACGUUUGGAAUAUAAGAAUUGGGACUUGGACGCUGUGAGGCACUUUCAAUUUUAUUUUAUCAACUGGAUUGACACAACUUCCUGUAAAGGUUUUUGAAAAUGUACUUGUUUUACAGUUGUUUUAGUUGUUAGUUGUUAUUGUUGGUCUGAUCUCUCUUUGACUAGCACAUGUCUGAAAAGGUUAAUUAUUUGAAUCCACAGAUUAUUGUUUCCCGUCUUUGAGUUUCAAUUGAUUCCUUUUUCCCAUCUCUGAAAAUUAGUGAUGAGAUGCCAGGAUUGAGAACAGAUGUACAUGAUUUCACCUAUUUACUUGUGUCAAAUCAUAAUCAAAGGUGGAAAGAAGGAUACAUUUCAUGUGUUGAAAAGGCACCUCUGUGAAAUGCUACAGUUAGUGGUAGAUAACAGCAUCAAUCAUCGAGUCUGUCCUUAUUUGUUUAGAAAAGCUUGACUAAACUGCAUAUCCCUAUAAGGAAUUAACUGUGUGCAUCCAAAUUCUUAUUGCCGAUUCUGAGCAUUGUAGUAUACGUUUGUGUUUGUUGUUGCUGUAUUGUUUUAAAACUUAACUCCAAUUGCCUACCAGGAUCAAAUUACUCACAGUUCAUGUUUUGUUUUAUACCGUUGAAUGAAAUGAGGAGAUAUUGAGAUUCUGUUUUUUGUUAGGAAAAUUGUACAUGGUCAUCAGGGAAUGUCAUUCAAGGAAAGCUUGCAGGUUUUGCUGAAUAUAUGAAAUGGCAUGCUCUUAAACUGACCUUACUCUCAACUAACAGACAUAAAAGCCUUAACCCAUGAUGUUUCUUCAGUGUAUGUUUUAAUUUACACUUGACAUCUGACCUGUGCCUUGACCUUGUUGAAAUAUGUUGUUAUUGUAAAAUCCACACAGUUACCAAAAGGUCCGUUUUUCAAUAAAAGUGAGGCUACAACAUCAGGCCAAAAUGUGUACCACCA